CACUUCGCGACACUGGACCACCACAGACCGGGCGGACACAGAUGAGGCGGGCGGUGGCCCACUACACAUACCAUACAUCCAUUCCGAAUGGCGCAAGCCUCUCCCGCUCCAUCUUUCGCUGUGCAGAGUUUGUUCACCGUUCGAGAAGCUCUUUUUUCCCUCUUUUCGUGGUGCAUCCGUCCCGUCGGGUUCAUUUCCGAAACAGUCAACAACUGACUGCUACACCAGUUUGUGCACAAUCCACUACCGCUACCACCAUGUCCUCCUCCAAAGUAAUCAUCGUGACUGGCGCCAGCCGAGGCAUCGGCCUGGCCAUCGCUCAGCACCUGCUCAAGGAGUCUCACAAGGUCGUCCUGGCGGCGAGGUCAAAGGACCAGCUGGAGGCUCUGAAGGCCGCUCAUCCUGGACAGGUCGAGUACAUUGCGGGCGACCUGGGUGAUCUCAAGACCAUCCCCAAGAUUGCUGAGGCCGCAGUCAAGACGUUUGGCAAGAUUGACGGCAUCGUCAUCAACCACGGCGUGCUAGAGCCCGUCACCCGCCUGGCAGACUCUUCGAUCGAGGAGUGGAAGAAGGCGUACGACAUCAAUGUGUUCAGUGGACUUGCGUUGGUGCAAGCUUCUCUGCAAGAGCUGCGCAAGUCCCAGGGCUGCGUCCUAUGGGUCUCAUCAGGCGCGGCCACGGGCGCGUAUGCCGCAUGGGGAGCCUACGGCACCUCCAAGGCCGCCAUGAACCACCUCUCCGCACACUUGGCGGUCGAGGAGCCUGACAUCACGAGCAUCGCCAUCAGCCCCGGUCGCGUCGAUACUGCCAUGCAGAAGGUCAUCCGCGACGCCGGCGGCGGACACAUGGCUGAGAAGGACCACUCGUCCUUCGUGUCCGCGUUCGACAAGGGAGAGCUGUUCAAGCCCGAGCAGCCUGGCAACAUCAUGGCGCGGUUCGUCGUCAACCCGGAGCACAACCUCUCCGGCAAGUUCAUCAAGUGGCAAGCCGGCGAGCUUUCAGCGUAUCAAGACGCCUAGAUUGUUCACUAAAAAUCCAAUGUUAGCCAAAUGCUCUUUUGUUUCAUGAGCUGCAAAUAGAAAAACAUUGAUAACAAGAUGCCUCAGUCGAAAGAUGAAAAGCUCAUAUUUGAUUCCACAUAGUUUUUUCAGGAUUAGCAUGGAAUAUGUUUCAUCAUCAUCGGCAAGCCCGCUAGGGCGAAUAGAGUAGCAAAGAAAAGUUUGCACUGUUGCGACCUACCUUGAACAAGAAACCUGUGUGGGCCAGGAUAUCGUGAGUGAACUAUGCUCACCAGUCGCCGCAACUCGCAGCAGACGUCUAAAAACACAGCGAAGCAGGUCAGUGUCGCAUUCACGUAUUCCAGUCGAAAGAAGAAUGUGCGAAGCCGAUGCUCAGUGUCGAAAUGUCUCCAUCAUUGAGUGUCGGUAUUUGAUAGUACUUUUUGGACAUCAUCGCUUCGGCGCCGUGUGCGCAACGCAGAGUUGCGGGGGCUCUUUUUUGUUGUUUUUUGUUGGUAGCAACAGUAGGAACGCUUACUCUUUCUGUCUUGAAUCCCAAGCGAUCAGGCACAGCAGAGCCGCCAGCUGCUCUGGAAUAAGAGCGCAUGGUGUUUUCCAGGCUCUGCUGUUUG